AUGAUCGACACCCUGGCGAGCACCGAGGCCGAGGAGCUGCUGCUCCAGCUCUCGGCGCUGCUGGAGCAGGAGCUGCGGGCUCAGCCCAAGCCCGCCGGGCUCCGGCUGGUCGAGGCUGCUCACGACAAUGGCCUCCGAAUGACUGCCCGGCUGCGGGACUUCGAAGUGAAAGACCUGCUCAGCUUAACUCAGUUCUUUGGCUUCCACACGGAGACGUUUUCCCUGGCUGUGAAUUUCUUGGAUAGAUUCUUGUCCAAAAUGAAGGUGCAGCCUAAACACUUGGGCUGUGUUGGACUCAGCUGCUUCUACUUGGCUGUGAAGGCAUCAGAAGAAGAAAGAAAUGUGCCCUUGGCCACUGACUUAAUUCGGAUAAGCCAGUACAGGUUCACUGUUUCUGAUAUGAUGAGAAUGGAGAAAAUCAUAUUGGAGAAGCUGAGUUGGAAAGUGAAAGCUACAACAGCCUUCCAAUUUCUACAGCUGUAUCAUUCACUGGUUCACGAGAAUUUAAGCUGUGAAAGGAGAAAGUACCUUAAUUUUGAGAGACUUGAGACUCAGCUUAAGGCCUGUCACUGCAGAAUCAUGUUUUCUAAAGCCAAGCCUUCUGUCUUGGCACUGUCUAUUAUGGCACUAGAGAUAGAAGAACAAAAGCUGCUGGAGUUGACAGAGGCAUUGGAAUUUCUGCAGUUGCAUUCCAAGAUAAACAACAGAGAUUUGACCUUCUGGAAGGAACUGGUUUUAAAGUGCCUUACAGAAUAUUCCUCGAGCAAGUGCUCCAAACCAAAUGUCCAGAAAUUAAAGUGGAUUGUGUCUGGACGUACAGCACGGCAGCUCAAACACAGCUACUACAGAAUAACACACCUUCCUACCAUUCCAGAGACCAGCUCAUAAAAGGAGUACAAUAAAAUGAAGGAAAAAACAUCCUGUGACCUUGUCAACAGGCACAUGAAUACUUGAGAAACAAAGGCUGAACCAUGAUCUUAAUAAUGAAGAACUCAACUCAUGGAAAGAACAUGUAACAUUUCAGACUAAAGAUCCUCCCAGCAAA